UUAUCGGGCGGCCGAUUUUGGUUAAAAUAUUCAAAAUGGCGGACGGAGGAGCAGCGAGUCAAGAUGAGAGUUCGGCGGCGGCGGUGGCGGCAGCGGCAGACUCAAGAAUGAACAAUCCGUCAGAAACCAGUAAACCAUCAAUGGAGAGUGGAGAUGGGAACACAGGCACACAAACAAAUGGCCUGGACUUUCAAAAGCAGCCUGUGCCUGUUGGAGGACCAAUCUCUACAGCCCAGGCCCAGGCCUUUCUUGGGCACCUUCAUCAGGUCCAGCUCGCUGGAACAAGUUUACAGGCUGCUGCUCAGUCCUUAAAUGUACAGUCUAAAUCUAAUGAAGAAUCUGGGGACUCUCAGCAGCCAAGCCAGCCUUCCCAGCAGCCUUCAGUGCAGGCGGCCAUACCCCAGACCCAGCUCAUGCUGGCCGGAGGACAGAUCACUGGGCUCACGUUGACGCCAGCCCAGCAACAGUUAUUGCUACAACAGGCGCAGGCACAGUUGCUGGCAGCUGCAGUGCAGCAUUCAGCCAGUCAGCAGCACAGCGCUGCUGGUGCCACCAUCUCGGCCUCUGCUGCAACGCCGAUGACGCAGAUCCCUCUAUCUCAGCCAAUACAGAUUGCACAGUCCUUGCAUCCAGUUCUGUGUGAGACCCGCUAUUCUGGAGAGUUUGCUCAGUCUGCGAAGGUAACCAGUGGAGUAAUGAAUAUCAAUAAACGUGUGGAGGAUUUGCAGCACUUGCAGCAGCUUCAGCAGCAGAAUCUCAACCUGCAACAGUUUGUGUUGGUGCAUCCAACAACCAACUUGCAGCCAGCACAGUUCAUCAUCUCACAAACACCGCAGGGGCAGCAGGGUCUCCUGCAAGCGCAGAAUCUCUUAACGCAACUACCUCAGCAAAGCCAAGCCAACCUCCUGCAGUCUCAGCCAAGCAUCACCCUUGCCUCGCAGCCAGCAACCCCAACACGCACAAUAGCAGCGACCCCCAUUCAGCCACUUCCACAGAGCCAGUCAACACCAAAGCGAAUAGACACUCCCAGCUUGGAGGAGCCCAGUGACCUUGAGGAGCUUGAGCAGUUUGCCAAGACUUUCAAACAAAGACGGAUCAAACUUGGAUUCACUCAGGGUGAUGUUGGGCUCGCUAUGGGCAAACUCUAUGGAAAUGACUUCAGCCAAACCACCAUCUCUCGCUUUGAAGCCUUGAACCUCAGCUUUAAGAACAUGUGCAAGUUAAAGCCGCUUCUGGAAAAGUGGCUCAAUGAUGCAGAAAACCUCUCAUCUGAUUCAACUCUCUCCAGCCCAAGUGCCCUGAAUUCUCCAGGGCAAGGAAUCGAAGGCGUGAACCGUAGGAGGAAGAAACGCACCAGCAUAGAGACCAACAUACGUGUGGCCUUAGAGAAGAGUUUCCUGGAGAACCAAAAGCCUACCUCGGAGGAGAUCACCAUGAUAGCUGACCAGCUAAACAUGGAGAAGGAGGUGAUCCGCGUUUGGUUCUGUAACCGGCGCCAGAAGGAGAAAAGGAUCAACCCACCCAGCAGUGGUGGAACCAGCAGCUCGCCCAUCAAAGCAAUUUUCCCUUGCCCAACCUCACUGGUGGCAACCACGCCAAGCCUUGUGACUAGCAGUGCAGCUACUACCCUGACUGUCAAUCCUGUGCUCCCUCUGACCAGUCCUGCUGUAACUAGUUUGUCAGUCACAGGCACAACAGAAACCACCUCCAACAACACAGCAACAGUGAUUUCAACGGCACCUCCAGCUUCUUCAGCAGUGACAUCACCCUCCCUGAGUCCUUCCCCUUCUGCCUCAGCCUCCAUUUCAGAGGCAUCCAGUGCCAGCGAGACCAGCACAACACAGACAACCUCCACUCCCUUGUCCUCCCCUCUUGGGACCAGCCAGGUGAUGGUAACAGCAUCAGGGUUGCAAACAGCAGCAGCAGCUGCAUUACAAGGAGCUGCACAGUUGCCUGCAAAUGCAAGUCUCGCUGCCAUGGCUGCUGCAGCAGGACUAAACCCAGGCUUGAUGGCAUCCUCACAGUUUGCAGCUGGAGGUGCCUUACUCAGUCUCAAUCCAGGGACAUUAGGUGGUGCUCUCAGCCCAGCCCUGAUGAGCAACAGUACACUGGCAACUAUUCAAGCUCUUGCAUCUAGUGGCUCUCUUCCAAUAACAUCACUGGAUGCAUCUGGAAACUUGGUGUUUGCCAAUGCUGGAGGUACUCCUAACAUCGUAACUGCCCCUCUGUUCCUGAACCCUCAGAACCUUUCUCUGCUCACCAGCAACCCGGUUAGCUUGGUCUCUGCAGCUGCAGCCUCCGCAGGGGCCUCUGGACCAGUCGCCAGCCUUCAUGCCACCUCCACCUCAGCCGAGUCCAUCCAGAACUCUCUCCUCACGGUGGCCUCUGCGAGCGGGGCCACAUCCACCACCACUACUGCCUCCAAGGCACAGUGAGCUGGGCUGAGCUGUGCUGCCAGCAGCCUUUUUCACUGUGCAGUGGGAUUGGCUGCCAGUGGGGUUUAUGAACUGAAAAAUGUGAUGGUCAUCCUCUCGCCGUGUUGCUGGGGACAAGGGAGAGAAGGAGAAAUAUUCAAACGAAACAAACAAACAAAAACAAAACAGAAAACAAAAGCGAAACAGGAAGGAUUUAAAGCUGGGACAGACAUUUGCCUAAUUUUAUAAUAAACACUGUCUUUUCAGGAUCGCUUCAUGGAUCGGAGAACUUUCUAACCAAAAAUGUAAAAAAAAAAAACAAAAACAAAAACAAAAACAACAAAAAAACAAAAACAACAAAAAAAACCACAAAACAAAACAACAAAAAAAAGAAAACACAAAAAAAAAAAAAAAAAGUGAAAGGACUACUUAUCAUUUCCAGCAGUCACAAUGACAAGUUAAGGUGGGUUAUCAGUUCAAACAUAGGACGGGGAUUUCUUGUUCCUUUUUGGUCUAAAUAUCUUUCUUUUUUAAUUAUCAUUUUAUUGGUCUGUUGUACAGGCCAUUAUGUCAUACAAGGUGUUUAUAAUCGUAUCAAUCUUAUUGGGGGUUCCUUUCUUAACUGGUACAAUUUAGGCAGGCCUGUAUUACUGGUGUAUCUCUAUUAUUAUUAUUAUGAUUAUUAUUAUUAUUAUUUUUAUAUAUAUAGUUUGGACGCAUUUGUCUAUUGCUCCUGGAUUAUUUUCAGUGAGCUCCCACACCAUGGGGGGAGGGUGGGAGGGUGGAGAGGAAGAAUGAGCACAAAGAGACUUUCUGUCCUAAUCUUCUGGGAACGUUUUGAACAGUUUCCUCAUCCUUAAAUUUGUCUGACAUCUACUUAAGAGGGGUCAGAAGGAUUAAUUUCCAUCGCUUGUGCAGGAAGCUCAGUGUAGCGGUAGAGAUGGUUGUGUGCAAAGUUCCAGGCUGGUCUCUGCUCUUUGAGCAGAGGUAGGAAUUAGUUGUGAAACCUCAGUUCUCCUUCUCUCAAUUAUUUACACAAAAAUGGCCAAACUUUACACUUAGCUUCGUGUGCAUGGUUCCUCUUUACUUCAGAGAGUGGAAUUUAACCUCCUGAGUCUAGAUUGUGCGGCAUACCAAUGGCUCUUCUGUCCUGUCAAAUUGAUGUUCCUCUUAAGAACGUACACAAAUAUUUUAAAGUUACUCAAGCUGAUUGGAAGUAUAUGAAGCAGCAUUUACCAUCCUAGGUUUCUACCAGAUGAAUUGAUACGGGAUUUCAAAAGGCCUGGCUCUCUCUAAUCAUAGAUACAUUCUCCUUCGUUUACUUCUAAUGUUUCCAACAUUGCAUUUGGGAGAAUUUUCUAGGGAAAAAGAGAAGGGAAAAAGAAAAAAGAAAAAAGCUUCUGGCUGUGAAACACCGAAACCAAAACUGUAAGAACAGAAGCUGCCAUCUUGGAUGCCGACACAAUAGAGUUGUCUCUGUUUUUGCACAUACCUUGGUGAUCUCGUGUAGUCUCUGAGCUGCGAUGCUGCUAGCUGUGUAGAAAUGGCAAUAAGCAUCUCUGAGCGGAGCAUCGGGACUUACCUGCCACUGUAACUGUCUGAUUGAUUCUGAUCCAUACAGCAAAGAGUAUUUAUGUGGAUGAGGAACAGUAAUGGACUGUACAGAAGUUAGAUCUGUAUAUUCUUAAAUAUACAAUCUAGUAUCUGAACCAAAAAGACUUUUGAAAAGAGAAGACUGGAUCACUGCAAUGCAGUUCACUUUGAACUUCCAUUCUGGAUGGAUUUAACGGUUUCUGCCAUGUGUUUAAAACUAAAUUUCUUUAAGCUAGCAAAGGGUAUUAGAAGAGUUCCUUUCCCCCCACCCCCUUUCCUGUUGUCACCAGAGUGUUCUGAAAUAGUGAGCUGAUGCAGCUGUGUUCAUUUUGUUGAUGAUUCAGGGGGAUCCUGGAGUUUCUCAUCCAAGAUCCAGAUGGCAGCAACUUUAAUCUCUACGUGUGCUGUGGUUGGUGACCAAAGCACGUGGGAUUUGCGUUUGCACUCAAGUGGCAGAAUCCCUUAUCUCUUCCCCCACUGCCUUGGUUUUGCUCUGUUCAUCUCUUAACUCUCCACCUUCCCGUUUUACUGAAUAUUUAAACCGAUUAUCCCCGUAACUUCAAAACUAGUGAACUGCAAGCAGGGAAACUAACAAAUGUCCGUCCACCGUUUUUGAUUUUUUUAUGUUUUAUUUUUUUAAAACUAAGCUUGAACCAAAGUCAAUUUCUAGCAAGCUGCUGUACUAAUGGACUAGUUUGUAUAAGUGCAGUUCAGAUGCAGAGAGGCGAUAGAUGCUACUGACAAUUUCUUUUUCAUUUGUCUUUUGUUUUUGUUAAUUUUAUAUAAAAGUUGCUGCUUGUUUUUAAUCUUUUUUUGUUUGUUUUUUGGGGUUUUUUUUUUGUUUGUUUGUUUGUUUUGGUUGGUAAUUUGUAUUAUCCUUGGCAGACUUCUUAACUUGACUUUGUUUUCUUUUGUUUGAUGUGUAAAUAGAAUGGCAAUGUCAGGGGUUUGUUAAUCCAACAGGUCCCACCCUCAUCCCACCAGUAUGGCUAAAAUUACGUAUUUUUGGGGUGUCUGAUGUCUCUCUGACUUCAGGCUGCACAGCAGACUUUUAGGGCUAUGAAUAAUACUGCGUAAGAGUAAAUUUCCCACAGUAAUAGCUUCAGAGCGGUAAAAGAUACAGCUGGGUGAGCUUCAGGGAGGUAGGGAAGAAGUGGAAGAGGAGAUGCUGGUACCCACUGUGUUGGUCUGGAGGCCAUAGUGUGGACUACAGUUUCUACCAAAGGAGCGCAAGGCCCACGGGGACUUGUGUUCAGUGAAGUAAGAGGAUGGGGAAAACUGCAGCUAUCAUGUUCAUUCCUGAGUCUGAAAGUUCCUACUUACUUUCACGCCUGUGCAAAAAUACAAUUAAUCAGGAAGCUUUUUCAUUAAACAAGGGAUGCUGUCGGUCUUUGCUCCGAUGGAUCUUCUGUUCCCUAAAGAUUUGGCAGGGUGGGGGGCAUGGCUGUUGCAUAUAUGUAAGAAACACAAAGAAGGGUGGGCCUUAAUCAGCAUAUCCUCUCUCCACAGUUCAAAGAGACUGUGCCAUUAGCUGUCUGAAUGAGUUUUCAUGUCCCAUUCUUGCUGGUUUGUGAUUGGGAGAGGGUCUUGUUGAGUACAUAUCUGGAACACUAAUGCAGCUUGGAUGGUUUAUUUAUUAUAAAAAAAUCUGCUUUUUUUCCUGACUACCUUUGCAUUGGUCACAUGGCUUUGGUGUGAGCACCUUAAUACCCCCUUUCCCUCCUCCUCUCUACCCCAUCACCCUCUCUGGGGCCCAGAUUCCAGGGAAUUUCUUAGCAAGUCUUUUUCUGAGAGAAACUGGAAACUCAGAACAGCCACAUAUCUGGAAAGGGCUUGAUUUUUAGCUUGUGGAAGCUGACACAGUACUCAAACAGCACAUAACCCAUGGCUUUACUCACCAGCGUGCUUUGGUUAAACCCCAAAUCGGUUUGCUCGGAUGUAUUUUCCCAUGACAUCCCAAUGACUGACCAUUGAUCCCAAUGCCUGCUUUUCAUCCCUUGUAGUGCUUUGUCUCAUGGCUGCUGGCAACCUCCAGUCUUUGGGUGUCAGAUAGAAAUCAGGUGUGUGACUUCUGGGAGUGAAAGGAACGGGAGAGAGAUCAAGUACUGGAAUUUAGUAUUAGUUUCUUUUUUAAGUGAUCAUUUUGCUGACAGUAAAAGUUGAUGCAUCUGAAGAGACUGACAACUGUAUAGAGACUCUGUAAAUGGGAGCUUUGUCUGAAGUUCACCAGUGUUUGAAAUGGAGAAUUAUUGUCCCUGGAAGCACUGGGACUUUCACUGUUGCAAACUGGCUGGCACACACAGAGCGUACAUACUGCAAACAAAGUGUAUUUUUUUGUUCCCCUCCAGAUAGGCAAAAUAGUGCCUAUGAUUCCAGUAUAAGCGGGUUUACAUGUUGAUUGGAGGUAUUUUCUAUGACAUGCUCACAGUCUUAAGUUCUCCCUUUCUUUCUAGGGUAAGAUUUUCUCUGAGAGUGUUCGUUUCUAGGAUAGUUUCUAGCCGCGUGCUGGUGCAUUUGCUACUGUAUUGACUUCUCAGCCAGAAUGAGAUGAAAUGUCAGUGUGUUAGAAUACAUCUGAUCUCAUCUUUCUUUCUGAGCAUUUACAGAUGUGUGAGUUGCUUUUCAUAUUUGCAAGCAUUGCCAAAGGACAUGUGCAGGAAAAGAGGGUGAAAAACUCUUAUAUAGCCAAGGACAAAAACCACAAGGUUUGCAGAGUCACAAAUAUAGAUAUGCCCUGAAGGUCUAGAAGAACUAUUUAGGAAAUGGUUUUCAGGGUGAGCUGUUGUAAGCUGAUGAUGAACUUUUUUUUUUCUGUUAGAAAAAUUUAUUUCUGUUUGGCUUUAGCAAGGCUGAACUCCUCAGAAUCUGCUCUCUGCAGUCACUGUAGAAUUAUUCUUGAACAGAUUAUGGCUGCUUGCAAAAGUCACGUCCGUCUAAACCUCCUUAAGAGGAUUUCUUUUGUUUCUGAGUUACUACUGUGUUUUUUUUCCUCAGUAAAUUUUAUCAUUUCCCUGUGUAGCUUUGAGAUGGUAUCUAUACACGUGCUCUCAUAGAAUUGUUACGGAGAUACCAUGCUCAUUACAUGCAGAACCACCUCGUUUGUUUUUAAGAGAUUCUUUUUGUUGUCCGUCCUGUUGGCUAUAGUCACUUGAGCUCACUGUUAAGUUUUUCUUUGGGCAACUUGUGACACCAAACCACUGCUUUGGAAGAUCCUCUGUUCCAGUGAGGUGUUGUCGAAAGUACAAAUUAAAUUGGAUUGCAAAAGUCAUUUUGCCACAAAUGAGAAAUUUGUGCUCUGAUGAACCUUCAAGGAGAGCAUGCUUGAGAGUUAGUUGGAUUGUCAUGUAGAAGUGCUGCUGCCGUUGCUCAGUGGUUCUGUUUGAGUGCCAGAGAGGUUACUUGACAAGGGCAAGAACAGUAGGAGGAAGACAUACUCCAAUGGCUUGAAUUAGAGACCUUUUAGAACACUAGAGGCUUCAGGUUUGCAUUUUAUCUUGAAAUGAAGAGGCUAGCAAAGAUUUUCAAUGAAAACAGUAUAGAUCCCGAAGUAUUUGGAGUUACAGUUUGUGAUUUCUUGCAUCUUUCAGAAUUAAUAAGGAGGAUGCCUGCAUUGACCAAAAUAGCUGUCUACUGGUCCUUACACCCAAGAACAAAUGCUCUCUUGUAGUGAGUUAGUUUUUCGUUUGGUGAAGAGCAAUGCAUUACAUCUAUUUUGCUCCUUCUCUUGUUUUACUUAAAUUUCAUUGUGAGCAUCAGAUCUAGACAAAAAUUUUACACUUUCAAUCCUCUGAAAUUCUUUUAGGAUGAUUAAUUCCUAAAAAAAAAAAAAAAAAAAAAAAAAAGAGGGAAAGAACCCUCUUUUGCUCAGGGGGCAAUAAAAGAACGGCUCUUACUAUAAUCUGUUGGAGAAAAUUCUCUAUUUGCAUCCUCUGCAAUAGUUUUAUAUAUGUAUUUACUCCUCUUGCUGUAUCCUAAUGCUUUGGUUUGAGAUGAUGUUCAGAUGUCACCUUAGUGAGCUUUGCAGUGUGCUUUGGCUGACGGCACGUUUCUCCAGCCAUGUUACUGAAGGUGAUAGCAGUAUUAGUUCUGUUACUCUGUGCAUGUUGCUGUGGAGCAACAUGCUUUAAAACAGAACUUUCCACUUUGUUGUAAAUUGACCACAGAAUCUGCUACAGCUGGAACCAUACUACAGACGAUCUACAAAAGAAUCUGAUUCACCUUAAGUAUCAGUUGAUAUUUUCUUAAGUAAAAAUUAACUUUGUGGAAUUCUUAGAGAGACAGGUAGCUUCUCGCGGCCAUUGGGUUUUCUUGGGCCAUACAAAAUAGGGUGUCUGGCCCAAAUGUCCAGUGGUAUCAAACCAGAAGUGUAGAUCAGUGUAUUACCAGAUUAACUGUAUUAAGGGUCCCUAGUCCCGUUCUGCCCCAGAUGGUUACAUGAUGUUUAUCCACAGAGCAUGAUGAGUACAUCUCAUGGAUACGCACCAGAGUAUUGGCUAGGGUGGAGUAAGGAGUAAGAUAACCUGCUGCUCCCCACUGGAUUUCGGGUUGCCAGUUCUCGCACAGCCAACUUAAAUUGUUUUGUAUUUUUGUAAGAAUACCUCUUUUUAUAUCUCCCUUCCUUUCGAAAAUAUUAGCGCAAUACAGGAUUCAAGGUACAGAAUGACAGAGGUUCUGCUCUUUUCAGCCAUUAAAUCUAUCUCUUGUUGCUGCUCAUGAGCAUUUUUCUUUCUAUGGCCAAGAGACCCCUUGAGUAUUUAAAAGGUUUUUGACAAAGACUUUGUCUUAGAGGGUGCUGCGACCCGCGCCUUUUGUUAUUUGAGCAGAGCUUACGUAGAGAGAUGUUACAGGGCUGUAGAACCGUAAGAUGAUGCAGAGCUGAUAACAGACUAACUCAUGGCUUGCAGUUGCCUAAAAUAUUCAUAUCUUUUGUUCCAUGUCCAAAUGGCAUGGUUCCCUGUAUGACAAAAGAAAUUGUUUCAGUGCUGUUGGAACAAUGAAAAGAGGAAAUUGCUGACCUUACAUAUCUUUGUUGUCAAACAUACGCCAACACAUGAAAAAGUACUUGAUCUUUUUUGGUGUAUGUAUCUUCUUCAUUCAGCCUUCAUUCUCCCACUUCAAAUACACUCUUAGCAGGUACCUUCUCUGAGCAGUUAGCCCCAUGGGAUGCUGUUAGAAGGGUGUUAGGAUGAUUGCACUGGAAUCACAAAUGGUUUUACCUUGGGAGAAGGACAGAGACAUCUUUUAGCUGAGUAGACAAACAUGGUCAGGUUGUAUCAGGUACUUCUUUUCUGACCAAAUUCCAAGUCAUGAAGCAACCAUUGGGGCUGCUUUCAUUUGGUUUGCACUACACAGCUGAGCACUGUCCUUCAUUGGAAUAAUCUGGGCCCCCUCCCACCCUCCCCUUCUCUCCUCGUUCCCUUCCCCAUCUUUCCUCUGUGGAAGGUAGCACCAUACAGCUCUGAGAACAAUACGUGUGGGUAGCAGCUGGCUUCUGGCACCUUCAUAAAAUACCUCAGCAUAGCUUAGCAUUGUCGCAGAACUGGUUUUAAACUGAAAAAAAUCAGAAGAGAAAAAGCAAACUUUAUAAAUAGUUGAGAUAAUUCUAGCUGUAGAGUUUAGUUGAACUGAUGUUUAUUAUGAUUGAUAAACAUGAUUAUGCUGUAUGUAUUUGAGAUCCUGUUUAUAGCUUACAACUUUAUAGGGUGGGGUGGGGGUGGGUGGAUGUUGGGGGCAGAGAAGGGGGUUGACUGUGUUAGAAGGAAAAUGUUUGCUCAUGAAUUUUUUUCCUUGUAUCUGUCUUGCCAAAGGAAACAUUUUGUCGCUCCUGGGUUUGGGAUUGUUGUUUGGUUGGUUUAUCUGUGGUCUAAUCUGCAGCACGGCACGUGGUGGCAUGCAGGUUACUGAUUGGGUUGCUGUUCAGGGUCCUUUCAAGUGUGCGCACACUUCCCUCCCUCUUGGCCCAUCCUUACUCUUCGCUGGAAUCUAAAAGAUAAGGCAAUGUGUACACAGGAGGCUUGGGGGAAAGAAGGUGGCUAUAUACUGGGUUAGACUCAACCAAGACGUAAAUCCGUUCCAGUUAGUUGAGUUGCACCAGAGCUGAAUUGGGUCCAUUGUGUUUGACUUCGGAGAAGGCGAAGAAUGGUUGUCACAUCUUAAUCUAUCUGGGAGAGCAAAAGUGAAACAGGUUCCUUUUAUCCCCCUUGUCUUGUUACUGAAUGUAGGGCUUGUAGUGCUUGAAAAUAGAUGGAAAACUUUUUAAACACUUCCUUUUCUAAUAGCAAUGCUAAUCUGUCUAGACCAAAAACUAUGAAAGAAAAACCAAACCGAGAAGUGAAAGCUAACCUACUCCUAACACCUGGCUGGUGUGCCUGAACGGGUUGAAAUACUGUGAGACUGUCAUGGGAGGGGGGCUUUGAGGGUGGCUGGGAGAGGGAGUGGGUCGUUCUGCAGGCGUGUCUCGGCAUUGUGGUGUGUGGUGUUACCUUGGGAGGGGAGUGCGGCCCCGCCAUCCGCACCCCAAGGCUCCUUUCUCAUUUCCCUUCAGGGCCUAUGGCACCGGGGAAGAGGGGCGCAUGUGUGUGUGAGAGAGUGUGCGUGUGUGCAAGUGUGUGGUGAUGCGGAGAGGAGCUCAACUCCACUGGGGUGGGAGAAGUCCCAGUGGCCUCGUAGGGAACCAAAGGCACUGAUACGUCGUCAGCUCUGCUGUUUUCAGAGCGGGUAAGAGGAAAAGCUGGGUGGUUUUUUUUAUUAUUUGUUGAGCUUGGGGUCACUGUCCCUUUCUGAAAGGACCUCAUCUCUCGUGGGUACUCCCACCUUUUCUGCAUGGAGUUGCUUUGGCUCUGUGAAGACAAACUGCGUGUGGGGCUUGCCCAGUGCUGCAGGUCUUAGGCUGAUGUUGGGAUACAGUCAGGGAAAACUGUUUCUUUCCUUCGAGUGAGGAAGCAGUGUAGUCUAAGGUCAGAGUCUGUUCAACAGCUUUUGCGUACGGCCCUCCACUUAGGGGGGCCGUAAAGUCUCCUUUCUUUGCUCCCCGAAGUAGCCUUGUACAUGUCCAUGUGUCGUGCUAUUGGGCUGGGUUGUUUUAUCGGUGAGCUUGGUGAGCUCUUGUGAAGAAAGGGAGGGAGGAAGGGGGCGAGGCGGAUUGUCCAGCCACUCCUCCUCCGAUCACCAAUCGGGUUGCAGAACUUCACUGAAAGCUUUACUAAUAGAAUUGUUGUUCUGACAUUAUGUAAAAGUGGUAUUAAUAUUGUGUGACUUUUCAAAGAGCUAGUUAGAUUUAUAGGUAGGUAAUAGGGAUAUUGAAGAAAUGACUUCUCAAAGAAAAGAACACUUGGAACAAAAGAAGUGGAAAACAAGGUGUGCUUUAAGGAAAACAAAUCUGAGGAAGGAAAUGAAACAGCUUGUGGGAGGCGAGGGAAGACGAUGCCCUUUGGCAUUCCUUAGUGCUGCUGAGGCUCAGCCCCAGAACUGGAACACACCCCCUCUGCCUUAUCUCAUCUCUCUACCAAACAGGACGUUGUCAAGUAGCUCAAACCAAAACGCGCUGAUCCGUCUUAAAAACGGUUCGGUCUGCUGGUGGAUGUCCUCCUGCAGAGCUUUAUGUAAAAACCAUGAAAUGCUUAACUUAUCAAGGUAGCUUCCCCUGCCCUCACAAAAUUCUCUUACCUACGGUAGGCCCCACUUUAGGAUUCAUAUUGCCUUUGCUGAAUUUUGUCGCAGCAGCUACUUAAGCCCUAUUCCCUGAAUGUGAUAACAUUGUGCGCGGAUGAAGCUGGUGUGUUGUGCUAUUAGCAAUCUGAAAAUGCCGAGCAGAUGCGGUGACACUGGAAGCCGCGUGCCAAGGGGCAAACAGUGGACAUACAACAACCCCCUUGGGAAAUAACCGAGAAUGCGAGGGCGCCAGUCACAGUGUCCUGAGAACGAGGCAGUUGAGACAAAACCUUCAGUUCUUCUCCCAUCCGCUCUCCACAUGUUGGCCUCUGUGGCCCUGGUGCCGCCUGCCCUGAGCCAGUGCAAGGGCAGAGCGCCAUGGGGAAGAGGUGGAGCCACCCCAUGCCCCGAGAAGUGCUGGGAGCCAGGCAGGCCUCCCUUUUGACGUGGGGAAGGGAUUGCUGCCGAGCUGCCGCGGCUGUUGGCAGGGGUGCAGUGGGCUGGGGGGGGGGAACCCAGGCAGUACCUCUUUGUCCCGCCAGUGCCGUUGUUCCAUUUCCUUCCUCUGUGGUAGUGUCUAAGGCUAGGUGUGAGUAGGUGUGGGGUGUUUAUCCGCCACAGGUACAGGAGCUGUCGUAUACCUCAUUUCUAACUCGUAACCGAGUAACUUGCUUUAACUUUCUCCAAACCCUACAGAGUUGCCAAGUCUGCCCUCCCUCCUCUGAUGAACACUGAACUCUGGCCUAUAGCACCCCGUGACCUGCAGCCCGGGGAGCGACCCCCUUACGCCUCUGAAUGUCGCUGCUUAAAGCUACUGCAAAGUGAGGGCAAAUUGCAAUUGUAUCUUAUUUCCUUUGGUUACAAGGGGUCCCUCUUGAUUAGUCUGUGAAUCUCCGCCCCUCCCUCCACUCUUCCCACCCGGGGCCGCACAAGGCCCUCAGGCCUCUGGCCCCACUGCAGACAACGCUACUCGCUUUUCGACAUGACCAAAAAACCCCAAACCCAAGAAAAGUCUCCAAAUGUUUGAUUUUCUUCUUUAUUAUUUGACAAUCCUAGAUCCACCCCCCCCUCCAGCCCCGCUGCCCACCUGGCCAGCAGCUGCCUCCCGAUCCCGUUCUAUCUUUAUUUGAAUGUAGUUCCCCUGCCCCCCGGGACAGAGAACCUUCAUCAGGUCACGGUGGCCGCUAUAAGCCGGGAGGGGGCGGUUUCUUUGUUUUGUUUUGUUCUUUUAAAAUUUCCAGCCAAAACCAAAGAUUUCCUAAUGAUUGUAUAAACUCAAAACAAACAAACAAACCAAAGACAAAGGGCGUCUUCAGCGCCCAGCCCACCUGCAAGGUGCCUGGCGGCGGGGAAAGGGCUCGCCUGGAGGGGGCCUCGCCGGUGGGUUGGGGGCUGAAGGCUUGGGCGCAGGAUUGGCUGCUCUGCUGGGUGCUCGAACCCUCUGGGGGCUGGGUGACGUCGAUUAAUACACGCUGAGGUGCACUUCCGAGCUUUCCCCCCUCUCCCCACCCCCCAUAACUCCCUGGUCACUGCUUGGAAGAGGCUGUCCUGUUGUGAGAAAUCCCUGAAAGAAGAAGAAGCUUUUCAUUUCUCCUCUAGCUCCUUUUUUCUAUAUUUCUUUUAUUUUUGCAGCACCACUGUGCAACUAUGCAUUGUAUUUCUCAACCUUUUAUGCUAGUUAGAUGCCUGUGACUUUUUAACUUUUUUGGGGGGGUUGCAAACGGAGGAACUUUUUACAUGGAUCUUUUUAAUCUCAGUUGAUUGGGGGGUGUUUGGUUCUAGGGUCAUACAAGCUCUAUCCCAAAGCAAAAUCCAAAUGUUAAUAUUAUUAGCCUGAUGCAGAUACCAAAGAUAAUUUCUUUCCUGCAGAACCUUAGACUUGUGUAUUAAGUACGAUUACCCAGCACUUGCAUUAGUCUAACCUCAGUAAUUCCAAAGCUUAGAUGUAUAUUUUGGUAUAUUUCUGGGAUAUUAAAAAAUUGUCGUUUAAAUUCUUGUUUGUUUCAGUGUAAUGCUCUUAAAGUCAUAGCAUGGAGAUAACUGAACUUGUCCUAUUCUUAGUAGUUUGAAAUAAUAGUAUUUUUGUAUGUUUUGGGUGUGUCUAUGUAUGUAUUAACAUAACGGUUUUCACUGCCUAGGUGUUCAUAAAGAAAUGAAAAACAAAAAAACAACAAAAAACAAAAAAAAUAACAAAAAAAGAAACCAAACAGAAACAAAAACGAAGGGUUUUUAAACUGUACAUAAUGCUCCAUGAAGAAUUUCCACAGACCUCCAAUUCGGAUUGCAUUUCACUGGUGGCCACUCCCAGCUGGGAUCCUUGCUUUCUCUUUAAAGAGACAGCAGCUUCCUCUCGCCAUGCGCCCAUUAACCUGGGGUUCUUCCUCAGAGCAAAGGGUCCUUCACUGCUCUUAAGGGAUGGGCUGAGGAGGAAGGAGCUCGAAUAUUGUUUUUUAAACACUAUUUAACGUGUUAGUUUUUGCGUGAAAGAAGGGCCCGUCCUUCGGAACCCAGCGAUAGCGCUCAGUGGUCAGAGAAUGGCCGCGGUGUCAGAGCAGCCCCUUUGGCUUCUCUUCCAAAACAGAAGUUCAGUCUUAACCUCCUGGCGCUGCCCUCAUGCCCUCCCUCGAGCGCUGUGCUGGGACCUUCGGGUCAGCAGAGCUCAGGAAGGGCCCCCCAAAGCUCCCGUACCCACUGCGCCUCACACCUCAGCCUGAGGGGUCGGGUCCCACGCAUUUCAAACCUCACUGGUCGCACAGGGGAGGGGGAAGGUGAGGAGGAAGGCAAAGUGCUGUCUCUUUAAAGAUACCCUUUAUUAUUAUUAUUAUUAUUAUUUUCCCAGUGGUUGCCUACAGAUAGCUGUAGGCGGUGAGAGAUUGUGUAGAUUACGGUAAAUCAGAAUGAAAAGGUAGAUUUUGUGUAGAUGCAUUUGUCUGCUGUAAUUUUUUAUAUAUAUUAAACUUACUGUAAUUGUACAGUUCAUUUCUGUUGUAAACAUCAUUAAACCAUUUUCCAAGUGUUUUAACAUG